AGCCUUUUUGCCUCCAGCGGCGCUCCAGCUGCGUGUUUGUGAGUUCAAAAUAAUUUCCGUCAGCCAGCAGCGCGAGCAGCCGACACUUCCCGCGGGCCCCUGCGCCAGAUGAGCGGAGGCGCGGCCCCGCGGCGGCGGCAGCCAGGCGAGUUGCAGAGGGCCGCAUCGCCCGCUGCCGUCUCGUCCCCUGCUGGGUCGACGAGGACGCUGGUCGGGGCAACGCUGGCGACAGCCGGCGUGAGGAACACCUCGUUGAAUCCCUGGCUGAAGCCCGAGCCGAGGCCAGGCAGCGAAGAAGGCAGGGGGCCGGCAGCGCCUCGGGGGCCACGCGAAGCCUUGGGCGGAGGCGGCUCGGCGGCAGCCGCGGCAGCGGCGGCAGCAGAAGCAGGCAUGCCUUUCGGGGCUUCGAUCUGGCCACACGUGGAGGUGCGCGAUCCGACGCCAGUCGUCCUUCAGCGGCUCUGCGUGGUGGCCACCGCGGCCUUCCUGGUCUUUCUCCUCCCAGCGCUGCCGACCUUGCUGGUGGAGGUUGGCGGAGCUGACGGCGGCUAUGAUGAGAGGCAUGGCCUCAACCUGGAAAAGGCUUGCGGACAGGACCGAGUGACCUUCGCUUCCGCCCCGUGGCCGCCAUUCGAGAAGCUGCUGGAGGUGACACUCGGGCUGUCCAGCUUGCGCGUCGAGCGCUGCCUGCUUGGCACAGCAGCAAUAUUCGGCGGCCUGAUCGCGGCGGAUCUGCUCGGCGGCCUCGCUGGGGUGCAGGAGAUGUGGCCGCGCAGCUGGAACUGCGACAACGCACGCUGCUACACCGAGAUGUUCUGCGAGCCGACACGGCCUGGCCGGCUGCUCCGUCGGCCGGGAAACGCUUGCUCGAACGUUACAUACGUCUUCAGUUCGUUCUGCGUGGUCUGCUCCACCCUGCAGCAGCCUAACAGUGGCGCCACGCCCAAUCCGUUCUGGCUGCCAGACUGCGCCUUCGGGCUGAUGCUGCUCGUGCUGGGCUCGACCUCUGUGGUCUGGCAUGCCUCCAACGCCCCACCUCCCAGUACCCGGACCUCUGGUCUAUGGACUGCUGCAUUGUCUACCUGAUCGUCCGCUUCAUCUUCCUCGCCGUGCACGGCGGCGCCAGAGCGCUGCUCGGGCCCGACGCCGCCAGGGCGGUGGCGGUGGGUGGCUGCAGCCUGCUCUACGCCCUCAUAGUGUGGCACAACGGGUGCCACCACUGGGAGAAUUUCCAGAAGCGGUGGCUGCACGGCGGCUGCCCCUUCUCUGGCCGAUCUCGAAGAAGAAGGCACGGCAUAUGCAUAAACGUUUGGCACUCCUCGCGGAUUUCUUGGAUCGGCGCUGGACCCACUGCGGGCGGCGCCUCCGGCGCCGCCCCUGGCGCGCUCUGUGCGCCAGGGAGGGGGGUCCAGCGCAGAUCCAAGAAAAUCGCGCGGAGCGCCGAAAGUUCAUGCUUAUGUCGUUUGUUCUUCCCUCACGAUCGCGGCUGGCCAAGGGCGACGCAGCCAACGCAGUAGCGGCGGCGGCGGGGCGGAGCCCUCACUGCGAGGUGCCCGUGGUCGAGGUCUGCAUAUUCGCCGGCAUGCCCGUGCUCUUCUGCCUCCUGCCGAUGCUCAUUCAGCUGUGCGUGCUCCGCGCUGCCGGCUCCCGCUGCGCUGCAACCUUGGCCGCUGCCAGCCUCGUGAUUGGCUGGGGCACCCGCAUGUUCGAGCGCUGGGUGGUCGAUGGUUACGGCCCGAUGCUCCUGGUCGAGGCAGCCCGAAGGCGUAUGGGCAGCGGCGGGCCGCGGCAGCUUCUCUUCGGCCCACCGCUGACUGUGUUUGCUGCGCUUGUCUCGCCGACGGCGGUCCUACACGCGUUCACUGGGGUGACGUUGAUGGCGGGCUACGCACACGUCAGAUCAGUCGACUCGCAGGUGUUGGCAUGAGAGCAAAACACUGGAACCAGGCGAAGCCCGGUUAACCCAAAGUGAGAACUGGACUGUUUGACAGAUGUAAGAAGGACAAAUUAAUUGAGGUGACGUGCUGUAU